AUGACGCGGCUGCCAACCAUCAUCGCGGCGCUGUACGCCCUUUAUUGCCUCCCGCUAAUCUCUGCCUGGACCUUCGUCUGGAGAAAUGCCAGCGACAUCUCCACCGUCGAAGAGGGCACCGGCGGGCAGACCUGCAAGGAAAUCAACCAUGCGAAAGGCAAUUAUUUCGAAUUCGACCCGGAAGACGAAACCGUGCGGAUAUACAUGUAUGCAAUAAAAAAUUGCUCAGAGAAGGCGGAUGAGUCCUCCGAAAAGAAGCUCGCCCAGAACUCGACUGGUCCGAUUCGGGGGUUCGCCGUUAUUUCUCUGAGUGGCGCGGAGACGAGCACAAGUGGUGAACUCACUCCAUUCCCUGGAGAGGACUGGUUCAAGUCGGAACCAAACAGUCCGAUCAUCACAGCCAUGGGCCAGAGAUUGGUGGCGGAGGGAUGUGGGAUGUACAAAGAGGGGCCGGGCCCUCAGUGGUCCGACGCUGACCGGCAGUCCUACCAGUGUUGGCAGGAGAAGCUGGGAUACACCAAUGCAGACGCGGACGGCUGGCCGGGGAAGACAUCCUGGGAUCAGCUCAAGGUUCCCCUGGCGGACGAGAGCGGCGCUGACUCUUCCACCUCCACUUCAACAAUGCAGACCCCGACGAGUACGAGUACAAGCACAAGUACAGCUACGAGUACGCCGGUUCCAGAUACAAGUGCCUCCUCAGAAUCGUCACUCAGCGGAGGGGCCAUUGCGGGCAUAGUUGUGGGCUCAGUUGUUGGAGUAGGACUGAUUGGGGCGAUACUAUACCUUGCACGUCGGGUAAAGAAACCAUCUGCUCCGGCAUCUGCGGAGGAAGAGCAGGAGCUAAAGCGAGAGCCGGAAGCUGGUGGCGGUGGUAUUGCACUCAGUAAUCAUGACGAUGCUGGUGCUGGUGUUGGCGCUGCGGCCGCAGUGGCAGGAGAUUCGAAGGUCGCAUUUAUGGACAACAAGCUGCACAAGCCGCCUGUUGAGACUGAGGCAAUCCCUGCAAAAAUAUUCGAGCUUGCUGGCGACGCGGGAACGGUGGAUAUGAGGCAAAGUCGAGGUAUUCAUGAAAUGAGUGAUAGCCAGAGGAUUUCUGAGUUGGCUAUGAUACCCUCGAUCUACUCAGUGUGCUUGCCUGGCCACUCUUGGAGGUAG